GCCACCGCGCCCGGCUAAGAUGGCAUAGUUUAUUUAUUGGGUAUCCCUCCCAUGACCCAAACACCUUUGACUAGGCCCCACCCACUAACACCACCACAUCGGAAAUCAGAUUUCAACAUGAGUUUUGGUGGAGACAGACCACAUCCAAAUCAUAGGAGCAUGCAUCAAAUGUUUUUGAUUUGUAUGCUCUGAAUAGUUUGUGGUGUUCAAUUCAUAGGUUUAGCGCAUAAUCUCCAAAAGGGAAAUUGUAAUAACUUCUAACUUGUAAUUGAACUCAAACCAGUAUAAACAGGCUUAUUACUUAAAAAAAAAAGUUUUAGUAAGAAGUGGUAGUUGAGUGUUUUAAGCUGUAUCAAUUGGAUGAAAUGAAGUGGAAGAAAUGGUUUAGAAGUAUUAAAUUGCUGAAUUUAUAGAAAUGACUUAUGUACUGCAUGAAAAGGAAGGUAUUUGAAAAAGAUGCCUGAUGUAUGAUAAAGCAAUUUAGCAUUAUUUCAGUCAGCCCUGAGAUUGAUUUAUAGGUUAAUACUUUAAAGGCAUACCAUUGCUUUAAUAGUGAUGGUGCAGCAGAAGACAUUCCUAGGAAUUUACCUAUUGUUAAAACAAAGAUUUCUAUUGGAAGACAUAUUAAGUCAUUUUCUUUGCAAAGUGUAACUGUGUUUGGAAAGGAAAUAAAAAUAUGAAUAAAAUGUGUUUUAGAUUAUGUCAUCAAAAGGUGGAAUGUAAUGUUCUUGUUCACAGAUUUAAAGAAACAUUUCAUGUGUAUUUGAACUUAGAAGUUUUGGAGGCUGAAGGCAUGUGCUAGGCAGACAUUGUUUUUCUUUUCAUUCAUUCAAGGCUCCGUAUGACAUCUAUGUCAGGCUGACAAAUUCACAUGUGUUACAGAGUUCAGUCAUAAGGCCAGGUGUACAACCGUUAGCUAACUGGAGGUGUGAGCAUUAAGAAGUGCAAUAAUCUGUUCUCACAUCUCUCUCUGUAUUGUGUGGUCAGUGGAGGCUGUACAAGUGUAGAUGUGGAAAGUUUGUGGACAGGAAGCGGGAUAGGUAUUGAAAGACACUUCUGGCACUGAUGGGAGACUGUUUAAGUGGAAAGUAACUUCAAACAGUAGUGCCAGGAUGGUGUGAUUUACAUUUGGCCCAGGUUCACCUUAGUUCUUUGGGAGUACUAAUUUUUCUCACUGUGGUAAUUGUAAUUGGCCUUCAGAAUGGAUCUUUUUUUUUUUAAAACAGAGAAGUGAACACUGGAUUGCAUUUUUUACUUUUGAGAUAAAUUUUGGUAAACAAGUUUUUAUUCUUUCCAUGUGUAAAACUGCCUGCUUAAUGGUUAAAGUCUCCUUAUGCUUUAAUGUAAACAUUUGUUAUCAAAGGUGUGCAACAGCCUGAUAGUAAAAACAGAUGCACAGAUAAUACCAAGUUACCACUGAGAUCUGAGACUAUUCAUAAGGUGCAUUUAGUUUUGAAUUAUUGUGUACAUUAACCUGUGUAUAUAACCAGUAUUAGGGGCAGAGUCCUAUUGGUACAGAUAACAUUGGCUACCAAUUUUCUUAUAUAACAAAGUACAGGCUUUUUAGCCACAGUAUCUCUACUCAUAUUUAGGCAAUUUUAAUAGUUUAAGAAUUGACCUAUUUAUUUGACGUGCAUUUGAAUUCUUAUAACUGUAGUAUGCCAGUAACUUUGGCAGUAGCUUUGUAUGCAGCUCCUCUCUUCAAGCCUCUUGGGACCCUGCCUCUGUCCUUGACUGUCAGAUUCUCAAAAACUUUACCUAGGACACAAGCAAACCUGAGUUGAGUAGUUUGCCUUUCCCUUUUUCCUUUCUUGAGGGUGGGGAGAAACUACUUUGUUAGACAGAAGUCACUUAUCUCAUUUUUUUCUGCCAUUUUAUGGAUUUUACCCUCCUCCUACAGAAUACAGUUUUGACUAUUCAAGACCAAAUUGUUUACUUUCAGGGUAGCUUUAUUAUUCCAGCCUAAUACUGCACUCUCUACUGCAUUUAUGAUACAAACUUGCUUGUUUGAAAGGGUGUCAAAAGAAUGAGUGUGUGGUUCCCGAGAUUUAGCUACUCAGAUGUGUUUGGGGACAACAGGAGCUGGGUUAAAUCUAGGCGGAAUGAACUUGGGGGAAUGUCUAGUGUUUUGAGGAGAGGCUGUGCGAAACAAAAUGCUGUUUUCUGAGAAGCUUGUUAGGAGAGCUGUCCCUAAGCCAAGUAGUUGUCUACUGGGAUUUUACAUUUCUAGAAUCUCCUUGUGGGUAGCUGUUUAAAAUACCUUUGUUUAGGUGGACCCUAUCUCCCACCCAUUAAGUCUGUGUUCCUGUUAAGGAAACAACAUUUCUCUCAUUUGAACUUAGGAGAUUUAGAGGCCGAAGGCAUUUACUAAGCAGUCAUUGAUUUGCUUUUAAUUAAUUCAUUCAAAGACUCCAUAUGACACUUGUGUCAGGGUAACAGAACUCCGUUUGUGACGUGGUUUAGGCUGGACCAGAGCAUCAUUGUUCUUUUAAAAGCUCCCCGGCUGAUCUAAUGUGCAGUCAGAAUUUUGGUCCACUGAUCUCUAGGACAAGAAUGGUUGAGAAUCACUGAUGUGACCUGGUGGCUUUGUCUCCCAAGUUGCUUCUUUCCUUAGCAGUGUGUACAUAUUUUGUUUAAUCUUCAAGUAAAUUUUAAAUUCUAAUUAGAUAGUACAAUAGUGCAGUAUAGGGGUUCAUAGUAGCUGAGUUACAUACAUGAUCCCUAAGUAACGGUGCUGAUCUGGCUCCUUAUCUUCAGUUCCUGCCUCAUCUUGUAGGACCCAGUCUUUUCACCUUAGCCACCCUAGUCGUCUUUUAGCAUUAACUAAUAGUAUAUGACUUUUCUUCCACAGGGCCAUUUUCCAUGUUUUUCCUGACUGAGACCACCCAUCCCUGGCUGUCCCCUACCCCACCCCUGGCUCAGACGUGGCCACAUAUUUUGAAAAAGCUCUUGAUGUUCCUUUGGAACGCUUCCCUUACUUGCAAUUUUCUAUCCAUGUGUGUGAUUAUUUGCUUGUUUGGGUCCCUUAUUAGACCAAGCUUUUUAGAUCUGCCUAUUCUUAUCCACCAUUGUAUUUCUAGCAUCUUCUCAGUGCCUGAAGUACAGCAGAUGUUGAAUGGAUGAAUAAAUGAAAGUGCAAGAUAAAACUAGACAAAUUCAAUUAGUUGUAUAUGUCUAUAGAACCGAACAGGAGAGCAAUGCAAUAAUAAUGUAAAAGCUUCUGGGGCUGGAGAAAUUGUAAUGGACAGGAAUAGUCAGGGAAAGCUGUAAAUUGGCGGUAGAGGUAGGGAAGAGGGUAAUGGCUGUCAGGUUUGGGGGUGAGAAAUAGUGGGAAAAUGGAUAAAGUAACCAGACCUAUUUGUUUAGAGUAUAGGGAUCUUGCUGGGGAAAGGCAGACAUUAAAUUGGUAUCAAAUUUAGGGGUUUAGGCUUUAGUUGAAAGACAUUGAGGGUCUUAGAGGAAGAAUCAAAGCAGUAUUGUUAAAAGAUGAAUUUAACAUUUAGGGUAGAGGCUAAAGUGGGAACGGUAAGGAAGGAACUGGAAGCACUAUGUGUGAGAAAUUAGUAGAAUGUGGGUUUUAUCUUGGCUUCCUGGAGCAUAGUUUUGAGGAACCUGGAGCCCAAUUUGGACUCUGCCGUGCCUCCAGUGGGUUUAGGAGGGAGAGCAUUUAUUUGUGCUUGGGUAUUUGUCAUCUCUGGGCUUUUGAGAAAUGACUGAGGAUGAAUGGUAAGGCCGAUGUGGGAAAUCUUGUGGAGAAGAAAUAGCCAGUGUUUAUAAAGGGUGGUGGUUUUUUAGAGGAAUUGUUAUCAAAUGAUAAUUAAUGCUUAUAGUAGCAAAAUUUAGUGACACAGAGUAGUUUGCAUAUCUUUGGGUUAAUCUUUUUUUAAAAAAAAACCAAAAAGGAUAAUCCAAACCUUUUUAAAGUUCUAAAUUGGCAGACACUUUUUCAUUCUUUUGAUUGUUUAUUAAUAGCAGAUGAAUCCCAGGACAAAUUUUUAGUAUUUUAGAAAUGUAUUUUCAUGUAUUUAUGAACAUUAAUUCCAGGAUAUUUAUAUGAAUUUUAUAAGGAAUACAGUGUUACAAGAUUAUUUUAAAAAAGCAAGACUACUGUAUCCAGAAGUUAGCAGACACUAUAAUGGCAGUAAACCUUUUGGCAAAUCACUUAGUAUUUACAUUUCAUUUGUGAAAUACAGUAGUCCACCAUAUCUGCAAUUUCAUUUACCACAGUUUGUUACCCACUGUCAACUUCUAACCAAAAAUAGGUGAGUACAAUGAGAUAUUUUGAGGUUAAGAAGAGAGGGCGACAUAUACCAUGUUAACAUAAUUUUUAUUACAGUGUAUUGUUACAGUUGCUCUGUUUUAAUAUUGUUAGUUUUGCUGUCUCUGAUUUGUAAGUUAAACUUUAUCAUAAGUACGUAGAUGUAGGAAAAAGCAUAGUGUGUAGGGUUCAGUACUAUCUGAAGUUUCAGGCAUCCUCUGGGGGACUUGGAACAUAUCCUCCACAGAUAAAAACGAAAUUGAACUAAACAUACUCUAAGUGGGAAGAGGCAACAACAUGGUUGCCCACUGUUAUCUGGACUUAUCCAACAGCUUAAAAGAAAACAUAUCCUAAUAAAGGAAAAAUGGUGAGCAUGAUAGGCGCUUUUUAAUUUUUUUUAUUGUUCCUGUUUUUAAUUGUGCUGGGAGUAAGAUGCAUGAGGAUUUAUCAGUGUUCUUUGCUAAUGACUAGCCUUGUAGGAAGCCUAAGCCUAUUUAGUGGCUAAGCUCAUCCGAGAGCAAUGUCAAAGCCAGAAUAUCCGUGGCAGUAUCUUGAAGGCUGUGAUCUGGUGGGCACCUGGUCUGAAAAUUUUCCAUGCAAAGGUUACCUUAAAUGACCUGUGAUGUACAACUUAGAAAACCUCGGAUCAAUUCUCAGCUGGUGGCACAACAAGUGGCACAACAGUACGCCACCCCACCACCUCCUAAAAAGGAGAAGAAGGAGAAAGUUGAAAAGCAGGACAAAGAGAAACCUGAGAAAGACAAGGAAAUCAGUCCCAGUGUUACCAAGAAAAAUACCAACAAGAAAACAAAACCAAAGUCUGACAUUCUUAAAGAUCCUCCUAGUGAAGCAAACAGCAUACAGUCUGCAAAUGCUACAACAAAGACCAGCGAAACGAAUCACACCUCAAGGCCCCGGCUGAAAAAUGUGGACAGGAGCACUGCACAGCAGUUGGCAGUAACUGUGGGCAACGUCACCGUCAUUAUCACAGACUUUAAGGAAAAGACUCGCUCCUCAUCGACAUCCUCAUCCACAGUGACCUCCAGUGCAGGGUCAGAACAGCAGAACCAGAGCAGCUCGGGGUCAGAGAGCACAGACAAGGGCUCCUCCCGUUCCUCCACGCCAAAGGGCGACAUGUCAGCAGUCAAUGAUGAAUCUUUCUGAAAUUGCACAUGGAAUUGUGAAAACUAUGAAUCAGGGUAUGAAAUUCAAAUCCUCCACCUGCCCAUGCUGCUUGCAUCCCUGGAGAAUCUUCUGUGGACAUCGACCUCUUAGUGAUGCUGCCAGGAUAAUUUCUGCUUGCCAUGGGCAUCUGGCCACCAAGGAAUUUCGCACCCUGACGAUUACUCUUGACACUUUUAUGUAUUCCAUUGUUUUAUAUGAUUUUCCUAACAAUCAUUUAUAAUUGGAUGUGCUCCUGAAUCUACUUUUUUUAAAAAAAAAAAAAAAAUCUGCUGUGCACAAUUUUCCAUGUACAUUACAACUGGUUUUUUGUUUUUGUUUUGUUGGGAGGGAGGGUUGGGAGGGGGAGGGAACUUUUAUUUAUUGUGUUCACAGACUCCAUCCUUUCAGCAUAUCCUUUUAAGUUUAGUUCUUUCUUCCAGUUAUACUAUGUACUAUCAGUUUUGAUAUAACUAUAUAUAUAAAUAUAAAAUUAUAUAUAAAGGGUUAUUUGAAACCAAUCCAUGGCAACGCUGGUGCUUGAUACACUGUGAAGUGAAUACAACAUUGAACAGUUACAGAUCUGGGACAGUCCCUUCUAUGAAAGUGCUGAAAUUUAAUUAAAAUCAGUCUUACAUAAAGUAUGUUCCAAUCCACGUGGGAACUUGACUCUCCCAUCUGUCUAAAGAGUACUGGACGAUAUAAAAAUAUAUAUUUUUUAAACAAUGUGAUCUCAAAUUUAAAGACUGCUCCAGAUAGCCUGCAUUUGCAAUGGAAUAACUGACAAAUCACAAGUGGUUAGUUGGGGAGGGCUUUGAUCAUUCAAAAGUAACUAACUAAACUAGCUCCAGAAUGCCAAGUAUUCGUGUAAAUUACGGUUACAUGUUAUCAUUUGCUGUUCUUACGUAAGCACUCAUGAAAAUAUGGUAUUCUGUAACUCGAAUUCCAUCCAUUUUCCAGACCUCUACUCAUGUCUGAGGUAAAUCUAGAAAUUGUCUUAGUUUUAGGAUUGAAACAGUCUAUAAACUGUAUUUUUGGUCUAUACAGGAAGCAAUCCCUUGUUUCUGCUUUCCACAUGACGUUGCAGUGGUGGUGUUUGUUGUUAAGAUUUGUUUGCCUCAUCUCUCCCCUCAUCUCACAAACCUCACUCUACUGAUUGAGUCGUGAGCAUUCUUUGUUUUUCCUUCUCAAAACCUUCUCUGAUUUGUUUUACUGAACAAAGGUUAUCAACCACACGUCCAGUCCUGACAUGGAGCUUUUCAGUGUUUGGAGACAUUUCUCAAUUCCCCCGCUGUGGUAGGAACUCCAGUGGUGAAGGCCUUGCGCGCCUGCAGCCAGAAUUGCAGGGAAAGCUCGCACUUGCUGCCAGCAGCAUGUAAUCUUUUACUCUUCCUGGACAUAAUGAUAACUUGAACAAACUGUUCUAUUUCAUUCUCUUCACUCCUUUUACUGUCUUGCAAAAAAAAAAAAUAAUAAUAAUAAUCAACGACCACUAAUACGAUUCCACCUCCUCGUCCUUAUUAAAAUAAUUUUUAAAAAAUUUGUUUUGCUUUUGUUUGGAUGUGGGGGGUCUCUUCUAUUUGACUUUUACAUUUUAGAUACAGAGUUUGUAGUACUUCAGAGACAUUUCAAGCAUGAGAAUUUGAGGUUACCUCUCUUUAUUUGACCUUCCUUUAGGGACUCACAGGAGGGCAGCCCAAUUUGUAAUGAAACACCACAUUUUGGUGUUAAAAACCUGGUUUGCUUAAUAUUAGAAGUAAUUUCUGUCUGUGGAGGCAACAAAUAAAAAAAUUAACAGCUUGAAUUGAGUAGCCAACAGGAAAGGUUCCUUUCACAUUUACAUUAAAACUAUUCUGUAGCCACUAAUGUACCAUAAUUUAAAUUGUUUUCUCAAAGGUCUAGAUGAUAAAGCAGUGCCAUUUGUUGCUGUGGUCCUAUUCUCAAGUGCAUGGACAAUGUUCCCCCCUUUUUAAAAUAAUGCUUGUGUCUGGGAUGCAAGCUAUGCUUAUCUUUUUAAAUACAUUUUUAAAGUAUUUAUUAAUGAACCAAAGGAAAUCAGAUGCUUUCUGUAAGCAUCAGAAUAUAUAAUACAUAGUGAUUUGACUAUGAAUUUUAAAUCCACAUUUUAAUAUUAGUGGGAUAUUGCAAAGACAUUCCUUCUAAAGUUUUAAUAUUCCUUUUAUUAAGGGUCUCAGGGAGGGUAAAUUAGUCAGCCAUAUUUAUUUUCCAGAGGUUUAAGGAAUUGCUGUUUUUUAAAUUAACUUUUUAAAAACACUUAAAUGCCACCAAACUCAUGUAGGUUGCACUGCUUUUUGAACCAAUAAGUGUUGGUAUGCACUUUCUUCAGACACACUGUGUACUUUUUCAAAAACUAGUUUCAUGUAAAGUGAUUGGACCCCAUAGAUUAGUGGAAAAAGCUGAUUAACCAGCUACUCAUAGGCUGCUAAUUCAUUCGUGCCAAUGUUUUGGUUUCUCAGUUUUGCCUCCGUGAUAAAGAAUAGGGAGGGGUGAAGGAAGGGGAAGAUUGCUUUAGAACAAGCGGCAUGAAAUUGCCAUCUUUGUAGAAACUGCAGCUAACAGUGGGAGUUAUCUAAGCAAUCAGAUAUUACAGGGCCAGCCCUUUAGCUGCUGUGGGGUAUUCUGUUGGGGUAGUGAGGUAGUAGGUACAUUAGACUUUUAAUUUUGGAAAUGGAUGACAUCCCUCAGGCAUGUAUUCUGGAAAUGGAAUUCCUGUAACUUAACGCAUCUGCAGUUUGCCCUACAAUUAGUAGGCAGCGUGUAAAAACACUAGUGUAGAUUAUAAAGAUAUAUAUUAAAAGAGGACCAGAAAUACUUGGUAUUCAGUGGCACAGAAAAAAGCAGGUUAAACAAACAAAAAGCACAGUGUUACGCUUGCAAGUUUCCAUUUGUUUUAAUACCACGCAAUCUCGUGCGUGUGUGCGCGCACAGAGCUUACCUGACUUGCUCUGCUUGAGUCACGCAGUUAAAGACAUCUUGACACCCACAAAAUAUUCUAAUCAAAACCUUUCAGUUUCAAUCUGGAUAUUUAAAAACAUUGGCAGAAGCUUCUGUGAGUUUAGUUCCACUAAGAUGUUUCACCUGCCUUAUCAAGACCAUUCUCAGUCUACUUUUUUAAGCUGCCGUAUCUUAAAUUAUUGAAAAUUUAUUAAUUGCUGAAUAUAUAAUAACCUUUGCUUGUAUGUAACCGAAAAUGGUUUAAGAGCCAACAUUUAGAGUAUGACAAUGGAGCUGAACAGUUUUUAAUGCGCAAGCAGUUCUGUUCUUGUGUAUGACUUGUAACCUUAAUUUACUGUGUAAAGAUGGUUACAUUAUUUCCUUAGCUUUGUUUGUUGGAGACAAAUAGAGAAUGCUUGUUAAGUAUGUCAAAACAAUCUUGUGAAUUUUUGUUAAUGUAUUAUACGAGCUAUAUUUUUCAUUUGCCCAGAAAGACAGCUUGUAUAACGCUUUUGGAAGUUUCUGCUCUGUAAUGUCUUUAGAGCUGACAGUCUGUUAGGUUUGUUUUUUUCUUCAUGCUAAAGUGUCAGUUGGUGGUUUUGUGAACUGGUCAAAAAUUCACAGGUCUUAAAUGUUUUGGGGGAAAUUUAUAUUGGACACUGCUCUUUGUCUAGCAAAUAAAAGAUGUUAAUAUAUUCCUGUUACUGGCAUGUGCACGACUAUGUUAUUAGAAGCCACUUUAUCAUUUUCCUGCUUUAAAUAGAAAUGUCUAUUUAUGAAUUCUGCUUGUAGUUUUUUCACAAAUAAAAUAGUAAAAUUUA